AUGUCUUCCGAGAUCGCUGCUGAGCCUACCCCUCAGGCUGUUCCCGAGGCCACCGACAAGACCGUCGAGCCUACCACUGCUGCUGUCGACGUUCAGCCUACAGAACCCAAGGCGGAGGAACCAGUCGCAGCCCCUACAGACAAGCCAGCAGAAGCCGCUCCUACUGAACAGACCACAGCAGCCACCCCCGUUGCUGAGCAAAAGGACGAGACAACCGAGAAAAAGACGGAGGAGCCUCAAGCCCCUGCACAGCCAGAGUACUUGACAAAGAUACCCGGCCUCAGCAAAUUCUUCGAAGGUCUGCCCGAGAUCCUCAAGAAGACGGGUCACACGGAAAUGUGGGGAGUGCCUCUUAAAGACUCCAACGACAUCCCUACCGUCAACGUCCUGAUCAAAUUCCUACGUGCUAAUGAGGGCAAUGUCAAGCUGGCCGAACAACAACUCACCAAAGCUCUCGAAUGGCGAAAGGAGAUCAACCCCAUCGAAAUCGCCAACAAUGCCAAAUUUAGCGCAAAGAAGUUUGAGGGUCUAGGAUACAUCACAUCUUACGUUGACCCUAGCUAUGGAGAGACGAUCUUUACUUGGAACAUCUACGGUGGAGUCAAGGAUCUGCACGGCACAUUUGGUGAUUUGAAUGAAUUCAUCCGCUGGCGUACGGCUCUGAUGGAAAAAGGUGUACAGGAGCUCAAGUUGAACGAGGCGACCGACAUCAUCGAGUAUGAUGGCGAGGACCGCUACCAGAUGCUCCAGGUUCACGAUUACAAGGGUGUCUCCUUCCUCCGCCUAGACCCUACUGUCAAGGCUGCCUCCAAGAAGACGAUUGAGGUCUUCUCCACGGCCUACCCAGAAUUGUUGCGAGAGAAGUUCUUCAUCAACGUUCCUACUAUUAUGGGAUGGAUGUUUAGUGCCAUGAAGAUCUUCUUGAGCAAGAACACUAUCCGGAAGUUCCAUCCGAUCUCCAAUGGUGCCAACCUUGGUAGAGAGUUUUCAUUUGUCGAAGAGCUCCCCAAGUCGUACGGUGGACAAGGCGCCGAGCUCAAAGAUGCCGGCCGCACCGUUCCUCUUAUUGAUGAUGUUCCUGCUAGUGAGCCCGCCAAGCCAGCUACUGAAGCAGCCAAAGAGGUGGCCGCGGACAAAGCAGAACCCAAGGUUGAGCCCGAAGUCGCAGCUGCUCCAGUACCAGCAGCAACUGAAGCUCCCAAGGAAGAAGCCCCCAAGGAAGAAGCCUCCAAGGAGGAGGCACCCAAGGAGGAGGCACCCAAGGAGGAGGCACCCAAGGAGGAGGCACCCAAGGAAGAAGCCCCCAAGGAAGAAGCCCCCAAGGAAGAAACCGUUAAGACCGAAGAACCCGCUGCUGCACCAGCUGCCGAAGAAUCCAAGUAG